AGUGUUUUGAGAUAUUCAGUGUUUUGAGAUAAGUCUCUGCUUGCCUUCGUACGACAACCUUCCAGUCACCUUCCAGACUGACGGUACCAUGCCGGUUCCGAACCUGUUCCUUCUUGAAGACGGUACCGGACGUACCCAUGACUAGCUUAUAAAAUGGCGUCCACUAUAACACAAGAUAUAACUUCAAUCCUUGAACGACAACUCAACCCCGUUACUACUGCUAUCGAAGCAAGUUUGGAAACGGACAUGCCCACACCGGAAUAUGACCUCGCAACCAUUGAGGGUGUAUUCACCUAUCUGGGGAAUACACCAUUUUCCAGCGACGAGGUGACCAAACUCGCCGGUGGUCUUGGCAACUAUACCUAUCGGAUUCAUUUGCGCACUCCGCAUGAAGGUCGUACUUCCCUGGUACUAAAACAUGCAAAAGCGCAUCUGCCAAACGCGGAAUGGAUACCAUUUCCUCUAGAUCGCCAGAUGUACGAAGCAGGCGUCUUGACAAGAGUCAAAAAAUCCCUACCGCUUGAUUCUCUUGUAACAGUCCCAGCUAUACACCUUUUCGACGACAAAGCCGAUGUCAUCAUCAUGGACGACUGCGGUGUGGACGUAUUGACUCUCAAGCAGCUUAUGCUCGAGAAACCACCAUCCAUCGAGCUCGCGCGGUCCAUUGGUGAAGCUCUGGGCAAUUUCCUUGCUUUUUUCCAUACGGAGGGAACAGCAGAUCAGGAGUUGUUGGAUUUCUUGGCGAAGAACGAAACUGGGAGACAGAUAUCUUCGUGGGCGACUUACGGACGUUUAGUCUCGACACUCUCUGGUAAAGAUGAGUUACCUGCGUUGCCCGAUCCACCGCUCGACGUUUCUCAGGACGACCUCAACAUUAUUGAGAAAGUCUCCAAAGAGCUCACGGACCGAAUGAUGACGACGAGGGAGUCAGUAGUUAUGGGCGAUUUCUGGCCUGGGAACAUCCUCAUUUCACUUUCAUCGGAUAGUUCCACCUUGAAUCGAAUAUACGUGGUGGACUGGGAGAUGGCCAAGGCUGGAGUCGCUGGCGUCGAAAUCGGACAGUUCGCUGCAGAAAUGCACCUCCUACGUCGAUUCCACUCGGACGCUGAAGCGGCUGCCUCAGCUACCUUGUCUGCUUUCUUGACGACUUACGGCAAGAAAGUCCCUAUAAGGGAGGGUGAUAUUCCGAAGAUCGCCCUGAUCCAUGUCGGUGCUCAUUUGGUUACAUGGUGUCCCCGAGUAGCUUGGGAAGGGAAGGAGAAGACGAGAGAAGUCAUUGCUGAAGGUGUCAGGUAUCUCGUUGAAGGGUAUGAGAGCGAUAGGGAACAGAUACGCAAGUCGUUGGUUGGAGAGUUGUACCCUUAAUCGUUACAUCUAUCCGCGGACACAUACCACUGCCAGAAGCUUGUGCUGGUCUUGUGGUGCACUUGACUCUUCGACCUGAACGAACUGAGUAAUAUUAAUGCUUCGGAUUCCCGCGCCCACCACCAAUCCCCUGUACAUCAAGCCAGAACGUCUCGGGUCUAGUUUAGAUGUCAGAGUAUAUUAAAGAUAGCUACCCGCGCACGUUUCGUCCCCCUAACGCGACUGUGGUAUAUUCCCAGCCAGUUCAGGCAUUGCGUUCCCUUGUAAACCUUUUCCUGAACAUGAUUAUGGCCAACCCAACCCCCAAGCCCAUACCUUUUAUGAUAGUCAAUGCGUUCAC